AUCUUGACAAAUUAUAGGCUUUCUUUUAUUUUAUUUUAUUUUAUUUUUGUGCCGUCGGGACAAAUUGAGGAUAGCUCUUCCAUGAAACCUCGGUUGUACCUUACCACGUUAGACAAAAGCUUGAUUUGACCCACCAUUAAAUUGGAGAAACUUUUUUGUCACUAAUAUUAAAUUAGACCGGCCAGCUGAGAUUUUGUUUUACACUUGGUCGGGUUGAUAUUAUCCACAUCCGCGCUUAGAAUAGCAUGCAUCAUUAACUCGACAAUGGCUGAAACGGAGGAAAUCAAGUGUUUACUUGGUAUUCCCCCAAAUAUACCAUAUCCACUAAACUUCGAAGCUUUCACCAACAGCUGUUAUUAACUAAAUUAUGACUGUUUUGUGAUCUCUAAACAUGUUGGUAUGUAGAAAAACUUGUAUACAAGUUUGUAUGGAUAACAUGGUGGGAUAAACUUGUGCAACCACUACACUCAUAAUUGAACAAUUAACGAUUAUUUUGUAGAGUUAAUUUAUGUUGUAUAUGACUAUAGACCAUAGUAAUAACCGUUACGUAUAACUAUUCCAACUUUUAAUGCAAUAAUUCCUCCAUCCAGAUAUUUAACUGGGUUGCCAUGCAUACAAAAAAUGAAAGAGCGUAAUUGGAUAUAUACCUUCUGUCCCCUAUUGGGCACCAUAGUGUGCCUACCUCUAUGUUACUCUAUCCAAUCCCUUCUAGAAGCAACUAAUCAUUUAUUACUUCCAAAAUCUAGGUUAAUAUAUAUAUAUAUAUAUAUCACAAUCGCUGAAACCUUAUUAUAAAUGUGGAAAUGGAAACAUGUAUAAUGUCUAGGACCGCCCUAAAUAAUACCAUUACUUUGGUCUUUAUAUUAUCGUCUAACAUUCCAAAAGGAAUUUAACAAACACACACAAUUUGGCCUUUUGUUUUUUUAUAAGAAAUUAACCAAUUUCCCACCCUUCCUUUCUUUCUUUCCUUCCUUCCUUACCUCCCCAAUUUUUGUUUGGAGGAAUUAAUCAAGCAUAGCAUACUAAUUAUCAUCUGGAGGCCUAAUGGGGGAAAAAGGAAGAAUACAGCUUGAAGAAUUGUAUUCUGGGAUCCCAGAUGAGUCAGUGGACCUCACUUUUCAAGACCUUGCGGAGGUCAAACAUAAGGCUAUCUCACCAGAGAAGAGAAGACCACCCAUUGGCAUGGAACGUAUUCCCGAAGCCACUAGGAAUAUGGAAAACAUGUCAGUAGAAGGAUCUCCUAUGAUCAGGAAGAUGCCAAGUCUUGAUUUCAACAGAGCCCUGCAGGCCACCACCAAUAAUCAGCAGCAGCGUCAGCCCCGCCUUGUGGACGGUGAAACCAACCAUUUUGAACAUGCUGCCAGGAGUGUUCAAUAUGGUGGUAAUAAUAAGGAAGCAGCAGCAGCAGCAGCAGCAGCAGCUAGUCAUAACAGGCAUGGUACAAGUCCUUUUAGUGAGUUUGGGUUCAGGCAGGCUGUGGAAAAUAGCAUGGCUUAUGGGGAUGUUAGCAUGGUUUCCACUUAUCAAGAUCAGAGAGGAAUUAGACGAAGGCCGGGAAUCCCCCACUCCAAUAUAUGCACCAUCUGUAGUACCUCAAUCUUCUUGUUCAAGAAUCGUUGCCUGGUUUGUGGAAGAGUGUAUUGCAGGGAAUGUGUAGGCAUAGGCAUGGGAAAUAUGACUGAAGGAAGAAAAUGCGUGGAGUGCUUAGGGAGAAGAUUCAGCCAAAGGUACAUACAGAAAGCGGGAGAAGCAGGGUGUUUUUGUUGGAGGUACCCGACACUGGUAAUGCAGGCAGAGCGCAAGUGGGCGGAGAAAGGCCCAAGAAGAAAUGGGGAAAGGGGAUAUGAUCGAAGCACUGCAAGAAGCCCAAUGACUCCUAUACAAAUGAUGCCGAGUACGGCCCAUUCCAGCAGCAACCCAGAUUCCUUCUUUCAAAAAAGCCCAAGGACACCAACUAGGGCCAACAAUCAAAGGAGCCCAAUGAUUCCAAGUAGGGCCCAUAUUCCAAGGAGUCCAAUGACACCAAGCAGAGCUAGUGGUAGCAGCAACCCAAAUUCCUUUGUCACGAGCGGAUCUUAUUCCCCUUACCCUCCUGCUCAUCUCCACCUACCUUUCUAGGGACCAACAAUCGUAUGUGUUUGUUUUUGAUUGUGUUCUAUUUUGGUAUUUUAAUAUACAUGCUCUCUUUUUCUAAACAAUAUUUAUUUAAUUUUUUAAGCUUCUUGCUUGUUGCUUGUUAAGUAUCUAAUCCGAGCUUAAUAAUUUUUUUUGUUUGUUUGUUUUGUUUGAUAAUAUUUUAAAAGAUCUUUCAAAUCAUAUUGAA